GGAAGUCCCUCUCCAUCGGUUUGAGGCAUAUAGAGUCCUUCCAGGCUUGGGUCUGUCACUGUGUGAUAUUGUGGUGCUUGCUGUGCUGUGUGUCGGAAACCCUAUCUGAGUGUGGAGCGCGGGUGUGUGUCGGUCGCUGUAAGGAGGGGUUUGAGUUUAGAGUGACCGUGGUAAAGGGAGUUCGACGAUGUCUGGGCGUGGCAAAGGAGGGAAGGGGCUUGGGAAGGGUGGCGCGAAGCGUCAUCGGAAAGUGUUGCGUGAUAACAUCCAGGGUAUCACGAAGCCUGCGAUCCGGCGUCUGGCUCGUCGUGGAGGAGUGAAGCGUAUCAGUGGGCUGAUUUACGAGGAGACUCGCGGCGUGCUGAAGAUAUUUUUGGAGAAUGUGAUCAGGGACGCGGUGACGUACACGGAGCACGCUCGGCGGAAGACGGUGACGGCGAUGGAUGUGGUGUAUGCGUUGAAGAGGCAGGGGCGGACGCUUUACGGGUUCGGAGGGUAGAGCGGAAGGGCGGGCCGGGGGUGGCUCAAAAUCGACGGUGUUCUUGAACACCACCUCUUUGUGGAAUGAGGGAUCUCCGGUUGGGUUCUGGUGUGUGUGUGUGUGGGGGGGGGUGUUGCGUGGUUGUUUUUGGGAUGAACAGUGGGUAUGGGAGCGUGGUGUGCAUGGUGCGUUGUCCGUUUUGAUGUUGUGUUUUUGCAAUGUGUGAGAGAGGGUGGUAGUGUAGGGGGCACCUCGUGGCAGUGAUGAGACAUAUUGUCCGUACCAUUUGAGGCGAAAGCUAUGCUGAAUGGCAAGAUCUGAAGCUUCGAGGUGUAGGGUUGUAGCGAUGUGAUGGUGAAGGCGUGGAUGCGUUCGGCAGGAGUUUGGAGCGAGAGCGUGUUGCGUGUUUAGGCGUGUUGUGUGGGAAGAUGUGGAGGCAUGGUGAGUGAUAGUUUGUGUGACAUGUUUGUGAUGGAGUAAAUAUCGUACGUUGUUUUCCCCGCAGCAAUGGAUGACAGGUAGAGAGUAGAGGAUAGGGGGUAAAUUGCAUGCAAUUGGUAACUUGAUAAGAGAAAGAUGAUAGCGAUGGAACGGAAUGGGAGUUCGCAGCUGCAGGGCAGCGUCCGAAAUUGGUGCGAGACGAGAGCGUGCGAUAACUGUGAUCCGGCAUGUGAUAUCACGCGAAGAGAAACUUGGCAGGGCGUGGUAACACAUUCGGAGGGUAGGGUCGGUAGACGGGAGUAGUACCGUGACGCGGCUUAGAUGUGUAUCGGCGGCGGCGGAUUGGGAAGUCGUCCGCAUCCGUUGUAGUCUAGAUGGUUGGGAUAUUCGGCUCUCACCCGAGCGACCCGGGUUCGAGUCCCGGCAACGGAAGCUCCCGAGUGAUAAAAUGGACUACACAUGGUUUUUUCCUCUUUUUCAGGUCAGCACUUUGACGUCGUCGCAGUCGUCCCUGCCGAGAAUCGAAGCCAGGGAGUGUCCCCCUAUGAUGGAUAAAACAAGUCCAAUUCACUCGCAGAUGGAGAGUUUAUUUAAUCUAGUGAUUUAAUUUAAGUUGUAAUUGUUGAUGUACAUGCGAAAUUAGAUUUUCUCUAGUAUCAUUUGGAUAUUAACUAGUGGUAACACGUGGUACAGUUGUUGGAUAUUUUGAACAAUAUUUCUGGUGGACACUGUAUGGUCGUGCAUUCAACCAAGUGCAAAUUUGCCAUACAGGUAGACCAUGACACUAGUGCGAUAAGAGUGUUCGAGUGCAGGAGUAUUUCAAACAGAGCAAGUUCAAACACAAUGUAAUACGGUGAUGUUACGAUACUGGUGAUUUUCUGCUGAUGACAUCAAAGACGUUAGCUUAUUGCCAGCUCUUGGACCUUCAAACAUAUCAGUCUCAUAUUAUUGUUGGGAGAGCUUAAUGGCUUGCCCCUCACAGAACCAGCCUGUGCAAUUUAAACAUUGGAUCUGGAGUAGCCGUGCUGCGGACGCUGCUGCCAUUGGUGAGUUCAAUUGUUGUGAAGUCCAAAUUUUUCUUCAUUGAUUCCUUUUGUAGCUCAUUCUGAGAUUGCAGAGCGAGUUGGCAGAGCAAAGCGAAGAGCGAGAUCGCGGCAGAGCAAUUCCGAAAUGACGGCGAUAAGUUCUCGACUAGGUCUCGCCACAUUGUGUUGCGAUUCAUAACACCAAACUCCCUUCAUAUCAGUUUUCUGCAGUCGGUUUCAGAUUCAUAGUUCUUAGGACUAUUAGUCAGCCAACACUGUAGGUUACACACCAAGUAGAAACAUGGCCAAUUCACUCCCCCGAACUUGAGAUUUGGUAUCCCAAAUUGCACCAGAGUAGGGCACUGCUCUCCAGUAUGGGAGUAGUGCUCGAACAACCAAUCUACACCUCAUACACUUAGUGAUCUAAAACAGAUAAGAGCCCCUUUAUCCAAUAUGGCUCCAAAGGUAGCACCAUUGGUCAGAUACUUGUGCACUUGAAAACCUGAAGCCUUCCGGCAAAGGACAAUGCAGUACAGUCAAAGUGCAAUCUUCUCUACCGAACAA